AUGCGAUUUGCGAGAGUAUUUGGUACAAUACUCGGUCUGACUGUGACCGGUCAUCAAACGACAGCACUCGCCACGCAACGUCCUAGUAAUCAACAUGUCCUCGAUGCAGAUAACUCGGACAUUUUGGCAAUCUUCGCCCAGCACCGCUCCAGCUAUACAAGGGGAUUUGUCGCAUUAGGCGAUAGCUACUCCGCAGGCAUCGGCACCGGCGUUGACGGCAAGGAGGACGAGUGUCGGCGCGGCUUGCAUGCGUACCCGGCUUUGAUCUUCGCGGAUCUCGCGGCCCACCAGAAGCCGAACAGCACAGCUUCCUUCCAGUGGAUGUCCUGCACCGGCGCCGUCACCGAGGACCUACUGUCAGGCGGUGUCUCUAGUCAGAUCGACUCCUUCAACACAAGCUCGCCUACGCGGCCUGAAUUUGCUCUGUUAUCUAUCGGCGGCAACGAUUUAGGUUUCUUCGACGUGAUCAACGCGUGUAUCUUCCGCUUCUAUAGCUACUACAGUGGCACAUGCGAGUCCGCGCUCGCUGCGGCAGAUGCGCGCAUUGCAAGCGACGAUUUUGAGCGACGUCUGCGUAUCAUCCUACUAGAGGUCUUGGACAAGGUGCGCUGGGAGAAGCACCCCAAAUUCACGAUCACGGUGACGGGGUACGCGCAAUUCUUCAACGCCGAGACACCUGAGUGCGACGAGGACAGCUUUGGGGUUUGGUGGGGUGGACCCAAGCUGACAAGCGACAUUCGUCAUAAGAUGAAUGCCAUGGUGUUGGCGGUCAACAAGAAGUUGCAGAGGGCGGUCGAUGAAGUGAAUAGUCGGUGGUUCACAAAGCGGCCCAAGGUGCUUUUCAUCGACUACGAUCGAGAGUUUGAGGGCCAUCGUUUCUGCGAGCCUAACAUAACGGAGCCGGCGUACAACCGCACUGACACAUGGUUCUUCCUCAUCGGCGGUCCUGAUAACGCGCACAACGAGACACAGUGGCCGAAUGUUACCACCUCAACCCAGACAGAAGGCGUCCUGUCACCAUCGUCAGCGUUGAUAGAUCCUGACAGUUGUCUCGAGGGGGCGCAAAGGUCGGGAGACUGGGGCGAACUCGCACUAUGCUUUAUGGCUAUGGCUAAGCAGCGAGACCCGACUCUUCAGCUCGCGAAAGAUAAUUUCGUCACCGAGAACUCAAUGUGGUAUGUGCCGACAUACUACGGAAAGACAUUUCAUCCGACAAAGCGUACACUUGGACAUGAAGUCAUUAGGGACAAGAUCUACGAAGAAUGGGCAAAGCACGAUCUCUACUAG